AUGGAUAACGAGGAGUUCACCCGUCUGCGCGAACGAACUACGGAUCCUAGACACGACACGUACCGUCCGACCAGAUCGUCUACGUACGCCAAUAUCCCCCGCCAUGGCAAUGCCCCGAUUGAUUACGGGGCAACGGAUGGGUACGAAUACACCACGCCCAGCGACCUCGCUCGCUACGAUUUGGACCACUCUCGACCGCCCUCAAGGACUCGCAGACGAGAGAGCAUUGACCGUGGCUACUACCGGCCCAGCGUCAACGUGACCACCACGGACCCUGCCAGUCGUCCUUAUAACGAGAGUGGUCGACGUGGUGGCCCGCCUCCCACCACUCGGGGUUUGGACAAGAUCAACAGGUCAACUCCCAGCGUCUACGACCCGAGCCUGGGCUCGAUCCCCCCAGCCGUGCCUGCUGCACCGUCCCAUAUGGCAGUUCCUCCCAGUCCCAAAGAUCGACGUUCUGCGGGCGUCCCCUCGUCUCUGGAUGUGGCCGCCACCUCUGUUCCGGCCGGGACCAUAGCCGGUGCCUCCUCGUCCCGACGCCCUGUAUCUGUAUACAAUGAUGGUGCUGCUCCACGGUCGAGCCAUCACGAGGAGUACUAUCGCAGCCGCGAGGAUGAUCGUGCUCAGAGACAAGUUCGAGAGGAUCGCAAGUACGAUCCUAUCUACGGUAGUGGCGACUACUUUCACGAUGAUGCAGUGACAUCACGCGGCUUCGGAAUCCGCACAGAUUCGGCUCCGGUGGGCGGCGACUUUGAUGACCGCAGAGACCCAUGGCGUGAUGUUCGAUCCGAUUCCCGUAACGGAUACCGCCCUGACUCUCGCACUGGAUAUCGACCCGAAUCUCGAAGUGGACAUCGUCCAGAGUCUCGUAGCGGACACCGAACGUCACCUCCUGACACGAAGAGAGGCUCGGACGAUGAGUCCCGUUCAAAGCGUGAGUCUGCACGACUUGAGCCUGAGAAAGAGAGACACGUACGGCGCACCAGCACGGCAAACGAAGACGAUGGUGAGCGAAAACGGUUCCGCGACAAGGUCAGCGCUGGUCUUGGACUUGCUGCAACGGCAAUCGGUCUGGGGCAGGCUGUGAACGAGAAAGAUGACAAGCAUGAAAGACCCGAAAAGCUUGAGAGAGAAUCGCGGCGUCGCGGCGAUGAUGAGGAACCGGAAGCUCGUUCUGGUGAAAGACACAAGGCCAGGGAUGAGUCCAGAGACCCAAGAGACCGCGCGCCUGUCAUCGUCGAGACACGUAGGUCACAAGCCGACCCGGACGCGGACGUGAGAGAGAGAGAGCGUGAGCGUGAACGUGAGCGGGAUCGAGAGAGAGAUCGUGACCGGAAUCGCCGGGAUGCCGAAGCUCGACUUGUCGGCGACAGCGAACCCUCCUCGCAACGUGACGGCUCUCCUGACGAUGAGACCAAGAAGACGAAACGACCCGCUCGUCAAUCCAUCGGCUUCAACCCGACUAACACGAAUGACAUUCGAGAGUUGAAGGAACAGUUGGCCGCUAUGAAGGACGAUAAAAAGGAGAAGGUGCCGGUCCCUGUCGAGAGGUCAGAUCGUUCGGAACGUCCGGAACGCUCAGAGAGAUAUGAAGAAAGAUACGACAGAUCGGAGCGAUUUGACAGAGAGGAUCGUUCUGGGGGGCAAACUUACGCCGAUCUCCCGAUAAGAGACACCAAGGAGCGCGACCCUUCACCGAAGAAAGAGUCGCUGCCGAAGAGAGAAUCCCCCGUCUCGAUGCCUUCAACUGAUUCGGCCAUCGUGUCAACAAGAGAUGAACCCCGCGGGCGUGACAUAACACCAACCCACGGUGAGGAGAAGCAGGUUCGCGUAGUGUCGCCGCCUCGUGAUAAAUCCGACGCGAAGCCCCUCAAAGGCAUCCUGAAGGCGCCCAGCAGGUUUCCCGAGGAAGACAACCCCAUUCGAGAGGGUGUGGCUCCUCACAAGGACGACAAGAAACUGAAGGAGGUCCCUCCUGGUGCCCGCUGGACCAAGAUCAGCCGCAAAGUCGUCAACCCGGAAGCUUUAACCGUUGGCAAGGAACGGUUCGAAGUUCGCGACGACUUUGUUAUCGUUCUUCGAGUCCUCAGUAAGGAGGAAAUUCAGGCAUAUGCUGCUGCCACGCAGGUGUUAAGAGAGCGGAGAUGCGAAGAGGCCGGAAAAGACCGCGGUGAUCGUGACCGUGACCGUGAUCGGGAUCGGGACUACGACCGCGGACGGGACGCCGAUGAUGAAGACAGACGGCGACACUACCGACACCACAAGAGAGAUGAUGGAGAUGAUGAUAGGUAUGACGAGGAACGCGACCGGGAUCGUCACCGCAGACAUCGACGAGACGAUGACAAUGAUGACGAUACCAGGCGCCGCGACGACUACCACUCUCAUCGUCAUCACAGGGACCGCGAUCGCGACCAAUUAGCCAUUGAGGGAUAA